AGAAGGGGCAAGGAGAAUUGCAGAGGUUCUGACUUAUGUCUCGUUGACCCAAGUAGUUUUGAUAAUUUUAGCACAGAGGAGAAUGGAGGAGAUGAUAGUUUGUACAUAUCAAUAGGUGGAAAUUUUAUACCUGAAUUGUCUGGUGGUGAUCCUGUGAACGAUGAAUCAAGUUUCAACGGGAAGCGUAGUAUGCAAAAGAGACUAGGCCUAGCCUCUUGUUGUUUUGGCCAAUUUGCCAAUGUUGCAAAGCGUUCUGAAAAUCAGGCAGGAGCGGUAGACACUCACAGUGUAAUACAAUCAAGGGCACGUGAUUUGCCAUACAAUUACAGAUAUGGGCAAGGAGGUCUUUCGAGAGCUUGGUAUGAUGGUAUACCCAACCAUGCUUCUACAGCACUAGGAAUUAAUGCUGGGUACAAUACUCUUAGACAAUUUAUUGUGGAUAUGAUUACUGUAGCCAAUAAGGAUAAUAGGUGCAAUAAUGAUCCUUUCUACGAUGCAACACAGCGCACAGGGCUUAAAAUGUGUAUUAUAGACGAAGGCAGCUGUGCCACUACAGCAGAAUAUGAAACUAUUUAUGAUGGGGUAGAUGCUACUUUGUCCUACCUAAAAGAGCAAGGAUGUACUAGAUGUUGUGCCACUCUUAGUCAUGGGGGUAAAUGGAAAGCAACUAUAAAAACCACUUCUGAUUGUAGUAGUGGGGUCAAGCAUUCUUGUAAAACCAACGAACAUUAUGACAAUGCUUGUAGAGUAGUUAAAGAUGAGCUCUGAUCUUGUGGUGAACGGUUUCAAGACAAAUCGCUUAUCGAACAUUAAGCAAAAAACACUCAAA